AUGGCUCGGUUCGUUGCCGUCGUAGCUCUGACUCUCAUGCUGUGUCUCACCGUCGUUUCCGCGCGUCCCGACGGAGCGGCGGACCUGACAGCAGCCAAGGAGGCCCUGAGGAAGCAGGGCUCCUUCAAAACCUUCCUCAAGCUACUCAAAGACUCCGGCUUCGAGUCUAUCCUCGCGCGUUACGUGCAGACCCAGCCGGUGACUCUUCUCGUCCCCACCGAUCGCGCGUUUGCAACCCUCCCGCUGCGCGUCAAGUCGCAGCUCUCCGGUUCGAAGCUCAUCAAGCUCCUCGAAUACCACAUGAUCCUGCAGAAGCUUCCCGUCGGUUUCCUCCGCCGCGCGCAGCCCGGAGCGCGCUUCCGCACGGUCUACGGCGUGCAACUCGUGAAGCAGAAGUCGGCUCUUAAGAACACGGUGAUCUUCUCCCCGCCUGGCGCGAACGACGCGACGCAGAUGGCGGUGGUUACCUGGGGAGACAUCGCCGCGGCGAAGCUGAUUCUGCUGUGCGUUCACGGCACUAACGGCGUGCUGCUGCCUCCUAACGUCUUCUUCUAA